AUGCCCUACAAUGAGAACACUGUUCUCAAGCUGUCUUCCAAUGGCACUCCUUCCAUUAUCAUUCUCGAUUACGGACAGAAUGUGGAGGGAUAUGCGACCUUUGACGUUACCCACAAGGCUGGCAACACUUCUGUCUUUGAAAUGACCUACAGCGAAACUCGUGCUCUGGUCGAGAGUGAAAUGGGAGAUGGCCCUCUUCCACUAGCCGCUGCCAUGGACACAUACCGAAUCAACCGAUACAACCUCACAGACCAAACCACCUAUACCAACCGCUUGAUCCAAGGAGCCCUGCGAUACCAGAAGCUGAACCUCUCGAGUGCUGGCGAGAUCGAACUCUCCUCGAUCGGCUUGCUGCCUACCGUGUCGUCGACUCCGAUAUCUGAUCUCCCAGGCUCGUUCGAAUGUUCUGAUGCUGUUCUGAACCGCAUCUGGCAGAAUGGCGCCCGCACCACGCAGCUGAAUGAGAUUCCGGCCAAUUCUAUCCCCGAUUUUUGGGUCAUUACCGAUGAAGGCGCCUUUGUGGACAGCCUGGCUCCUCAGCCGUUCACGGCCGACUGGUCUCCGAUGUUGACUGCCUAUGAGUUGGAGUUUUCCGUCAAGGCUGUGUCAAAUGGCUUUGGGUUCACGGUUCUGAGCGACACUCUGUCAAAUGGCAUCUACAUCUUCGUCAACAUGGCCAAUUCUUCCAUCUCAGCCCACGUAGGCUCGACGGAACGGUCUGCUCCUGUUGCAUCGGCCACCUUGCCAUCCUCCAUCGCUCUGCAUCGUUGGCAUACUGUUCGCAGUACAGUCAACAUGACCGAUAUCUCUGUCCAGAUCGACAACACCACAGUCCUGGACUUUACCCAAACCUCUGCCUUCUACGGGUCUUUUGGUCUCGGCGCGUCGUUCGGCCACUCGGCCCUUUUCACACACGUCUCUCUCUCAGUCUCCGGAGAGCAAAUGUAUUCCUCUUCAUUGACCAAUGCAUCAGCCCUGCAAGACUUCCUCCUCGGAACCAAUCCGCUACCAGUCAGCGUGGACGGCUCUCGUCGCGAUCGCAUCGCGUACGCAGGAGACCUGGAUAUGACCACCGAGACGGCCUUCGCCAGCACCCACGGCCAGGAAUACAUCAACGGCUCCAUCGAGCUACUGGGCUCAUUCCAGCUAAAUCCGGGCUUCUUCGUGCCGAACGCCAAGAUCCAACAGUCUCCCCGGACGUCUGAAAUCGACGCAAACACGACGGGCCUUAUCGGCUAUUCGUUCAGUCUGGUCAGCGCCAUGGCUCGCUUCUACGAGCAGACGGGUGAUGCUACUUUUCUGGCUCGCUGGGCACCAAAGGCAGUUCGCAUGCUGGAUUGGGCUCACUCUCAAACCCUCCACAGUGGUCUGUUCAACGUGUCUAGUUCUACAAUCGGAGGAGACUGGAACUACUAUGACCCUACUUUGAGUGGUGUGGUCGCCAAGUUCAACCUUAUCUACGCCUAUUCCCUCAAGCAAUGGCUUCCGUUUAUGGAUGAGGCAGGUCUGAACAAGACCAUGUACGCGUCACGCCUGCAGACUUUGCAGAGUGCCAUUCAAGAGCACCUAUGGAGUGACUCUCUACAGGCAUACCAAUUAUCCGACACUCACGCUGAAUUCUUCUCCCAAGAAGCAAACGCCCUGGCUAUACUAAGCGACACCGCCGCCUCGAACAAGAACCUCCUCGCAACAAUGGCCAGAGAGCUAUACGUACCCGCAGGAGCCCUAUCCUUCUCCAACAAAAGCGCCGCAAAUGGCUGGGCCCAAAUGAUCAGCCCCUACGCCUCGGGGUAUCAUCUCAAAGCCGCCUUUCACGCAAACGACACCGUCACCGCGAAACACCUUCUGCACAGCAUCUGGGGGCCUAUGAGCGACCCCGCGCACACCAACUAUACCGGCUGUAUGUGGGAGGUCAUGACAUCCGACGGCAGGCCGGGUCUCGGAUCCACGACGUCAAUGUGCCACGCCUGGAGCUCGGGCCCAACAGCCGACUUGACGAAAUAUGUUCUUGGGAUUCAGCCCGUGACGCCUGGCUUCAAAGAGUGGCAGAUUGCCCCUCAAGUUAUGGAUCUUGACUGGGCGCGUGGGAAACGGGCCAUCACUGAUGGCACGAUUCAUGUCAGCUGGUCAUUUGGUGAGGAUGAUUCGUUUCGAAUGACUGUCGAGGCUCCUGAGGGGACGACUGGGACUGUCUUUCUUCCUGUGGCGUUGAAGAAACCAUUGACCAAAUACCGUGCAUCGGGCUUUCUCUCUGACAGGAAAGUGAGCUUUACCGUUCAGGGUGGCAAGACUUUUACAUUCCACCAGAUGAUCUAG